AAGCAUUUCCAGCAAACUACAGACAUUCAUCAACAGCUGACACCUACGCUCACUCGAUACUGAAGAUCGAUCAGAUGGUAAGAAAGAAUAAGCAACAAGGAACUCACUAUGACUGGCAACGAACCAACGAGGCAAGAACCUAUCGCCCAACAAAAAUGCAGAAGGAAGUGGAGGUGCAUUGGACUGCACAUACACUGAGAAGAUCGUUUGUGGACAUCACGCGUUAGGCUAGGCUAGACCAUUGAGUGGAAUCCAAAUGGGAAAGGAUGAGUUGGGCGUCCGAGGUGAAAGUGACAUGGAGGAGAUGGUGUGAGGAAGAAAUGAAAGCUUGUGGGCGGUGGUGGAGCCAGGUUGAAAAGGCUGUAGAGAAGAGAGUGGAAUGGUGACGUGCUACUGAAGCCGUAUGUUCGACUAGGAACCCAAAGGAAAAAUAAUGAUAUUAUGUAAUAAUACUUCGUUGGAAAAGAUUUCUUUCAUUUAUUACCUAAUGGAUAUAGUAAAUAAUUAAUUGAUAAGAGGUGUUUUUUUGUAGUGUAAACAUGAAAUAAAUUAAAAGGGGAUUAUUUUCUUCUUAUUUCUGUUAUUUAAUUUCAGCUAUUUUUUUUAUGCCGACAUCAACUGAUUUAUUAUCGAAAUCGAAAAGAGAAGAAUGCUGGAAAUCACGUGAUGCUUAUUGGGAAUGCAUAACUAAACUAUGUACAGAACAUGAAGAGCCUAAUGAUAAGUUAAUAAAACAACGAUGUGGUAAUCAAAGAAAAUCUUAUGAAGCCUCUUGUCCACAUACAUGGAUCAGCUUAUUCGAUAAGAAGAAAGAUUUUGAAUUGUUCAAAGCAAAGAAAUUCGAUGAGAAAUUAAAGAAAAGUGUUGGUUCGUAAAAUUGACUACAUUCUGCAUUAUUCUACGCCAUCUAGUGGAUUGUAAUUAUAUAUAUAGACUUAUUUUAGUCAUUUUUCUGAGAUAUUAUCUUGUUUAAAUUAUGCCUAAUAUUGAAAGGGUGACGUAGGACUGUGAGCGGUUUAUUCAAAUCCUAUCUAGUUUCAUUGUUUACCAAUAAAUUUAUUAAACAAGCGACUGAAGUUAAUAAAUGCCUAAAAUAAGCCAUUUGAUCUUCUACUUACAAACCUAUAGAUUCUGGUGUGGCAUAUGUUUACAAUUGUAAUUCAAUCAUUUAUAUAAGAUAUUAAUUUUGGUGUUAAAUUUAACACGGUCUCCAUAUCUCAUGUUUUCGACUUACUAGCGCGUAGCAUAUUUAUAGCCUGUUAGAUGACAGGCUCAAUUUUAAGCCAGUAGGUUAUUGGUUUGAACCAA